AUGAGACUCCCCGAACUCCUCACACUCUUGCUUUGGUACCUGGCUUGGCUGGACCUGGAAUUCAUCUGCACUGUGUUGGGUGCCCCUGACUUGGGCCAGAGACCCCAGGGGGCCAGGCCAGGACUGGCCAAAGCAGAAGCCAAGGAGAGACCCCCUUUGGCCCAGAACAUCUUCAGGCCAGGGGGUCACAGCUACGGUGGGGGGGCCACCAAUGCCAGGGCCAAGGGGGGCACUGGGCAGACAGGAGGCCUGACACAGCCCAAGAAGGAUGAACCCAAAAAGCUGCCCUCCAGAUCGGGUGGCCCUGAACCCAAGCCAGGACACCCUCCCCAGACAAGGCAGGGGGCCACGCGGACGGUGACCCCAAAAGGACAGCUUCCUGGGGGGAAGGCACCCUCAAAGGCAGGCUCUGUCCCCAGUCCCUUCCUGCUGAAGAAGGCCAGGGAGCCUGGGUCCCCGCGUGAGCCCAAGGAGCCGUUCCGCCCGCCCCCCAUCACGCCCCACGAGUACAUGCUCUCGCUGUACAGGACGCUGUCCGAUGCUGACAGAAAGGGAGGCAACAGCAGCGUGAAGUUGGAGGCUGGCCUGGCCAACACCAUCACCAGCUUUAUUGACAAAGGGCAAGAUGACCGAGGUCCCGCGGUCAGGAAGCAGAGGUACGUGUUUGACAUUAGUGCCCUGGAGAAGGAUGGGCUACUAGGGGCUGAGCUGCGGAUCUUGCGGAAGAAGCCCUUGGACGCGGCCAAGCCAGUGGCCCCCGGCAGCGGGCGGGCUGCCCAGCUGAAGCUGUCCAGUUGCCCCAGCGGCCGGCAGCCGGCAGCCUUGUUGGAUGUGCGUUCCGUGCCAGGCCUGGACGGCUCUGGCUGGGAGGUGUUCGACAUCUGGAAGCUCUUCCGAAGCUUUAAGAACUCAGCCCAGCUGUGCUUGGAGCUGGAGGCCUGGGAACGGGGCCGGGCCAUGGACCUCCGUAGCCUGGGCUUUGACCGUGCCGCCAGGCAGGUCCACGAGAAAGCCCUAUUCCUGGUGUUUGGCCGCACCAAGAAACGGGACCUGUUCUUCAAUGAGAUCAAGGCCCGCUCUGGCCAGGAUGAUAAGACUGUGUAUGAGUACCUGUUCAGCCAGCGGCGAAAGCGGCGGGCCCCCCUGGCCACGCGCCAGGGCAAGCGACCCAGCAAGAACCCCAAGGCCCGCUGCAGUCGGAAGGCGCUGCACGUCAACUUCAAGGACAUGGGCUGGGAUGACUGGAUUAUCGCGCCCCUGGAGUACGAGGCUUUCCACUGCGAGGGGCUGUGCGAGUUCCCCUUGCGCUCCCACCUGGAGCCCACGAACCAUGCGGUCAUCCAGACCCUGAUGAACUCCAUGGACCCCGAGUCCACGCCGCCCACCUGCUGUGUGCCCACGAGGCUGAGUCCCAUCAGUAUCCUCUUCAUCGACUCGGCCAACAAUGUGGUCUAUAAGCAGUAUGAGGACAUGGUCGUGGAGUCCUGUGGCUGCAGGUAG